AUGGACCGAUGGAAUGAGGAUAAGGGUGAGCAGCACGAAACGUUCGUGAUGGUCGCCUUCACGGCUCGCGCUGCCAGCCUCGAGCCGGCUCCGCCGCAGCCACGGGAAGGACAGCUGCGGGCGCCCGCCCAUGCGCCCGGCCGCUCCGCGCCGCUGGGGCGGCUGGCGCGCGGCCUGCUCGCGGCCGGCGCGCGCCGCCGCGGGCGCCGCGCGGGCGCCGCCGCAGCCAUUCGGGGCGAGCCCGACGGCGCCUGCGGCGGCGUGGCGAGGCUCGACUCGCUCGCCGCCGCGGGAGACGUGGCGGCCGCGACCGCGGCCUUCGAGGUCCUGAGCGCCCGAGCGCCCGUAGCGAAGCAGACGAUGCUCUGGAACCUGGUGCUCAAGGCUCACGCGAAGGCGGGGGACGCUCGCGGUGCUCGCGCGUGGUUCGAGGACAUGGUCGACCAUGGGAUACGGGUCAACCUCAAGACGCUCGGCAAGCUGGUGGAGUCUGCAGCCAACGCCGGGCUCCUCUACUUGGCCGAGCAGUGGAUUUUCGAGCUGCUUCAUCCCGCGACGAAGACACGUCGUCUCGUAGAAGCGACGAUGAGUCUUGACGAUGAUGAAGAGAUGCAAGCGUAUUCGAUGGCCAUCAACGCUUCGGCCAAGGCAGGAGACGUCGAGCGCGCUGUCGCAUGGAUCCAAAGGUUGCAGGCGCUCAACCUGCUCCUCGCGAAGAUACCCUUCUCCACCGUGGUCCAUGCUUAUGCGAAGCAGGGCGACAUCAUGGGUGCCUCUCGCUGGUUCCACGCGAUGCUGGACAUGCAGAUAACUCCCGACGCCGUCGCUUACGGUGCCAUGAUCGACGCCUGCGCCAAAGGCAGGGAGUGGGGGCGCGCCCUCGAGCUGCUCCGCGGUGCGGGUUCUCAGCACGGCGGCGCAGUGGACAGCGUGUCCUACACCGCCAUGGCCGACGCGUGCGCCAAGCGGGGCGACUCGGCGGGAGCCGCGCACUGGCUCGGCAAGAUGGAGCAGGCCCAGUGCGCGCCGAACGUGCUCUCGUACAACACCGUGCUGGACGCGUGCUCGAGAACCGGCGCCACGGCCCAGGCCUCGCGCUGGCUCGGCAGGAUGAUGCGGAGCGGCGUCGCGCCGAACGAGUACACGUACACGACCAUCAUCAGCAGCUGCGCGCGGCGCAAGGACGCGAGAGAGGCCGCCGAGUGGCUGCGCGCGAUGCAGGGCGCGAGGCUGGAGCCGAGGGUGGCCGCCUACAACGCGGUGCUGGACGCCUGCGCCAAGCGGGGCGACGCCGAGGGCGCGGCGGGCUGGAUGCGCGCCAUGAGGGACGCCAGGCUGACGCCGGACGAGAUCUCCUACACCGCGCUGGUGGACAGCUGCGCCCAGCACGGAGACACGGACGGGGCGGACAGGUGGCUGAGGGAGAUGGAGGAGUGCCAGUGCGGGCCCAGCGUUGCGGCGCACAAUGCGGCCAUCUCCAGUUGUGCCAAGGCGGGCGACGCCUUGCUGGCCGUGGAGCGGCUGGAGAGGAUGGCGCGGAGCGCCCUGCGGCCCGACGUCAUAUCCUACAACGCCGUGAUCAACAGCCACGCCAGGGGGGAGGACCCACCUGGGGCUCUGCGCUGGCUGGAGAAGAUCGAGGAGGACCUGCUCACGCCCAGCGUCGUAUCGUACAACACGGUGGUAGGUGCUUACGCGCGCCAAGGCGACCCAGACUCUGUGGCAACCGUGUUGGAGCGCAUGUCAAGUGCAGGGUUACAGCCGAACGAGGUGACAUGGGCGUUGAUGCUCCAGGCGUGCGCCAACGCGAUACCCAGGACCAGGGAGCCGUGGCAGCCGAGCGCGUCUUCCGGCAGAUGGUCGCGGCGGGCACGAGUCCGAACAAGGCUGCCCUCAAGGCGCUGGGGAGGGCAGUCGGCUCGAAGCGUCGGGCUGCGCUGGUGGAGGAGCUGGGCGUGGGCGACGGGGCCGCAGGCGGGGCCGCCGCUGGCGCGGGCUGAGCCGAGCCGGGCCCCGCGAGCCGCCGGCGAAAGCUCCAGGCAAGCGAAGGGUGGGCGCCGGCAGGCCCGUGCGGCCCCAGGGCGGGUUCGAGGGCGAAACAUGCCCGACCUAUCACACAAAAAGCAGGGGGCAGAGCGAGCAGCAGCAACUGGCAGAAGCGGGCGAGUCCUCCCUCUGCCCUCCGCGCCGCGGCGCCCGUCCCCCGCCACCCUUUCCGGGGGCCCGCGAGAAACGGCCCACUGCGCGGCCUCCACGCGGAGC